CAGCCCAAUGGUGAAAAAUGCUUACCAUCAUUACCCGAAUUCAGAAACGGAAACCCACUGGUAAUCCGUCGUUUUGAAGUUUUCCGGUAGUUUUGCUACCGGCAAUAGUAUUCUCUCUCUCUCUCUAUAUAUAUAUAUCCAAGGUGAUUACUUUUUAUCCCAGCUAUGGAUGAUUGAUUUCUCUGAAGGUCAGGUCUUAACUCCUGGAUUAGAUGUGGAGUAUCAAAGGUAGACUUUCAACAAGGUUAAUGAAUAUUUGCGUAGCAUCUCUUUGUAAAGCCAAACAAUUGGAGAAAGCUGAGGCUGUAAUAGUUGAUGGCAUAAGAAUUGGAGUACAACCAGAUGUGGUCACUUAUAAUACACUGAUUACUGCAUAUUGCUGCUUUGUUGGCAUUGAUGCAGGUUAUUCCAUCCUUUAUAGGAUGAAAGAGGCUGGAAUUAAUCCUGAUGCUAUUACAUAUAACUCUUUAAUAGCUGGAGCUACCAGAUAUUGCAUGCUAUCUCGAUGUCUCGAUCUGUUUGAAGAAAUGCUUGAGAUGAGUAUUCUUCCUGAUAUUUGGAGUUACAAUACAUUAAUGCAUUGCUACUUUAAAUUGAGAAAGCCAGAUGAGGCUUACAGGGUGUUUCAGGAAAUUCUUUUGAAAGAUAUUUCUGUUCAUCCAGCAACAUUCAAUAUAUUAAUUAAUGGUCUUUGUAUGAAUGGAUAUACAGAGAAUGCCUUAAUGUUAUUUAGGAGUAUAAAACGUCAUGGAUUUAUUCCUCAGUUAGCAACUUACAACAUUCUUAUUCAUGGGCUGUGCAAGUCAGGACGGGGAAAAGCUGCAAGAGAAUUUCUCAGCGAGUUGGUAGAAUCAGGUCAUUCCCCCAAUGCCAUCACUUAUACGACAGUAAUGAAAUGCUUCUUCAGAUGUAGACAAUAUGAAGAAGGCCUUAAGAUCUUUGCAGAGAUGAGAAGGAAAGGAUAUACAUAUGAUGCCUUUGCUCACUGUACAGUUGCAAGUAUGUUACUUAGAACUGGGAAGAUGAAUGAGGCCAAAGAGUACCUGGGCUAUAUAAUUACAAAUGGUUUUGACCUUGAUAUGGUGUCUUUUAAUACCAUUGUUAAUCUAUAUUGUAAGGAAGGACAGCUGGAUAAUGCUUAUAAGUUGUUAUACGAGGCAGAAAAAAAAGGGUUGGAGUAUGACAAAUACACCCACACUAUCUUGAUUGAUGGCUUGUGCAGGGCUGGAAAGUUCAGAGAGGCCCAGCAACAUUUGGACUAUAUGAGUAUGAUGGGUUUUGAUUCUAACUUGGUUGCUUUGAAUUCUUUUAUUAACGGGUUGUGUAAAGCUGGUCACCUUGAACAUGCUUUACGGAUGUUUGAAUCAAUGGAUGCCAAAGAUUCUAUUACUUACUCCACUAUGGUGCAUAGUCUUUGCAAUGCCAGGAGAUUUCGUGCAGCAUCUAAGCUAUUACUUUCGUGUAUAAGAGGUGGGAUGAGAAUUCUUAAAUCAGAUAAACGUGGUGUGAUUGAUGGCCUUCGUUCUUUUGGAUAUUCGCAAGAAGCAAGAAAGGUCCAGUCUAAAAUUCGAUUGGCUAAGAUACUGCAUAAUUAAUUAGGGAUGAUGUUCAACUUUGCCACUCAAGUGUUCACCUUGUUUAAUUGCCUAAGGUUUUGCAUUAUAACACUUUAUGGAAGCUUUAAAACCUCAGGGAUUAUGCACGUGAGAAUACGACCUACAUUAACCAAUUUUAAGUCAAGUACUCAAUCCUCUUGUUAGAGGCAAACACAUGACACUUCUGUCAAGAGGUCGUGGAUUCUAUACCUUUCCUCAUACGAAAGAUAAUGAUGACAUGCUGUUGAAACUGUGAAGAGUUAUUACAACAACAACAACAUAUACCCAGUGGGGUCUGGGGAGGGUGGAGCGUAACAUACCUUACCCCUGCCUCAUGGAGGUAGAAAGGCUGUUUUCCAAAAGAUCCUCGGCACAACUGCACAAGAGUUAUUAUGCGGAAGUAAAUGCAUGCUUUAUUACAGAUGCUAAACAAUUAGGUGGGCCAAAACUCAUGUCAUUCUGGGCUCUGAAUCUGAAAUCAUUAAGCUGUCGUGUUUGGCUGAAGGUAAAUCAAAGACUUUAAUGCGGUUGCGCAAUGGAUUACUACUUGGAUAGAAGUUUUCCUAUUGAAGUUUGAAGUUGAGAUUGAGCAAUUUCAAACAUUUGGGGCAAGUAAGAUAGCUUCUAAAGCUUCUUCUGUCAAAUGCCAUGACCUUAGUAUGCUGAGAUUUUUGUAAAUUUUCUCGGUAAGAUAGCACUUUGCUAUUUUGAUUUGAGAAGCUUUUACACCUUGGAGCAAGGCAGUGUACAAGUAUAAGUUACAAAUGAUUUCCUUAUCAGGAGAAGGAGAUAGCAGCAAAAUACUGUUAAAGGGUCAGAAUGACAGUAUUUGAGAUUGAAAAGAUUCAAUAACACCAGGAAAGCCCAAGGCAAAAGAAAAAGGAGUAGUCGGUAGGAUCCACUUUGUUCACAUUCAGUAGCAGCUUGCCGGUGUCCUUUCAGGCCAGUAACUCCUGCAAUAGGCAGCUAGGUUACGUGUUACUUAUUUUAUGGUUAUCCUGUCCUAAUUGAAGAAUGAUGUUAGGAUGAGCCAUUCUAAGACCAUUUUUUAUAUCCCAAUGGAGGGGAUUAUUGGAAUUUAUCAUAGAGAAAUUCAUCCGAGGAUGACUUAGCGGAGAUGCCUCAUCCUAUCAGGCACAAAUCAAACAUGCACUUUGAGGCGGCAAUUCAUAAACUGAGAACUUUGUGCUCUUUUAGCACUCCUCUGAAGCCAAGGGAAAUCAAAGAGCUGUCAAUGAUAUCAACAAUUCAAUCUCCAGCUAGAGCAAGACGUGAACUUCACUGUCGAAAAUCUCAAGUUGCUUACAAGACAGGCUCAACCAAACUUCAGACCACAAAUAGAUCUUUUAAUUACAAAAUCAUAUUACAUUUUCUUUUUCUUUUUAAAAAAUAAAAAAAUAAUCAUAAUCUCUCUUUUUUUAUGUAGCGUUGGUGUCAUUGUUUUUUAGAUGCAAAGGGCUGUUCUAUGAUAGCACUUCAACUUCCAUGAUAUACUGCUUAGUUUUUUCCCUGGUUUAGCCUUGUCAUUA